AUGACAUCUAUCAUAAAAUUUGAGCCCCUAUCUGGAGCUUAUGACAAUGGACCUUUAUGUUAUUUGUUACAAGUAGAUCAAGUCUACAUUCUUCUGGAUUGUGGAUGGAACGAACAUUUUGAUAUGAAUUUUAUAAAUGCCUUGAAACCGAGGAUAUCGCAGAUCAACGCAGUGCUUGUGACGUAUGCCGAUAUUAACCAUAUAGGAGCCUUGCCUUUCCUUGUAACCAAAUGUGGACUCAAAUGCCCCAUAUAUGCGACAUUGCCCGUUUUGAAGAUGGGGAAACUAUUCUUAUACGACUGGUUGACAUCACAUGAAAAUGCAGAAGACUUUGACUUAUUUAAUUAUGAUGAUGUGGAUACCGUUUUUGAUCGGAUUCAGUAUGUAAAAUAUGGACAAAUUGUAAGUGCAUUUACGUUAUUUAUGAGAUUUUGAGAUAAACCUGAAAGGUGACAACGGUUUACAAGUGAUGCCGUUGGCUGCCGGUCAUAUGAUUGGUGGUGCCAUCUGGAGAAUCACAAAAAUGGGGGACGAAGAGAUCGUUUAUGCUGUUGAUUUUAACCACAGAAAGGAACGACAUUUGAUGGCGUCUACGUUUGAAGGUAAUACCAUCAUAAUUUCUCAUAAUGUUUAGGCGUUCUGCGACCUCAUCUUCUGAUCACCGAUGCCUACAGUACGGUUGUUCAGAGGAGAAAAACAAGAGAUGAAGCCCUGUUCUCUAAGCUAAUAUCCACUCUCAGAGAAGGCGGUGACGCCAUCAUUGUCACAGAUACAGCUGGGCGGAUAUUGGAGAUUGCCCAUUUACUCGAAAAGAUCUGGCAACAGUAGGAAUAAUAGAUUAUUAUAUUCGUACCUUAGGAAAGAGACUGGCCUUUCUGGAUACAAUUUGGUAAUGCUGAGUAAUGUGGCGUCUUCUGUGAUAGAUGCAGCCAAGAAUCAUCUGGAAUGGAUGUCGGAUUCCAUUCUAAGAGCAUGUGAAACCGGCCAGGACAAUCCUUUUGAACUCAGAAGCGUAAAAUUUUGCCAUUCCCUGAGUGAACUUUUGAGAGUUAGGUCUCCUAAAGUAGUAUUGGUCAGUGGUAUGGACAUGGAGUGUGGGUUAUCGCGCGAGUUGUUCUUAGAGAGUUGCGCUGACUCAAAAAAUCUUGUUAUUUUGACUGGUAAGUAGUACUACUAUUAUGAUUAAUAUUUAUUUGAUGAUUUUAGGACGAUCAAGUGAUAAUACUCUUGGUUCAAAAUUAAUUGAUAUUGUAAACAAAAAGGAGAGAUCACAUCAAGUUACAUUGAAUAUUAAGAAGAGAAUUCGGCUGGAAGGAUCUGAACUUGAGGCCUAUAAAGCAGCGAAGAAGUUGAAAGAACAAGAAGAAGCGAGGCAGAGGUAUGUUUUUAAAGUGUGAUAUUAUUUGCAAUGCUUCCAAUAGUAAUGGAGACGGAUUUUACAGGUUGGAGAACGUGAGACGAAAUCCUCGAGUCGAUAAUUCCGAAUCUUCAGAAGACAGUGACGAUGAAGAUGAGAACUUUAAUGCGAGCAGAGCACGGUUAUUGGAUGCCGAGAAUGGGGAGAGUAACGGGAUAAGAGAACACAACAAGUAUGAUUUAAUGGCCAAAUUCGAUCAACAUCAGAAGACUUCCUUCUUCAAACAAAACCGAAGACAAUUCCCAAUGUUCCCAUAUGUCGAAGAGAAACAAAGGGUCGGUGUUUUUUGAUAAUUUUAUCUCAAAAGUAAUGUUAGAGAGUAAUUUGAUGGCUUUUCAGUGGGAUGAUUACGGGGAAAUAAUCAGACCAGAAGAUUACACGAAGGUAGAAGUCAUUACUCCCACAAUAAAUCCAAAGAAUCGAUUGAAAAAAGAAGAAAUCAAGGAAGACGAUGUGGAAGAAGAAGACUUCGAGAUGCCUUUGGAGAAAUGGCCCACGAAAUGUGUGAAAUACACCCAGACAUUUGAAGUAGGGUAAUUUUGUGACUUUUACACCUGAUUUAGAUAUUUUGUAAAGUCGAUUUCAUCGAUCUCGAAGGCCGCGCGGAUUCAGAAUCUGUUCAGAAGAUCAUUGGUCAGAUAAAACCAAAGCAAUUGGUGCUGAUUCAUGGGAGUGAUAAUAGCACAAAGGCGUUGGCUGAAGCUUGUGAGAAACAAAAAGCCGUACAAGUAUGUAAAAUGCGAUGCUGGGGGUUACUGUAUUCCAAUUUUAGGAAAGGAUAUUUACUCCAAACAUAGGAGAGAUUAUCGAUUUGACUAUCGAAACUCACAUAUUCCAAGUAACACUGAGCGAUCAACUUAUGUCAUCACUCGUCUUUCAAAUGGUAGGUUGCAUUUUGAAAAAAUCAGGUGCUGUAUUAUCGACUUUAGAACAAUUUUUGCAUUAAUCAAUAAUUCAACUCGGUAUCUUUCCAGGUGCGAGAGGUUGAAUUAAGUUGGGUAGAUGCCAAAAUCAAACGAAGAAAAAUCAAAAACAGUGUUGAUGUGUCGAUGAAAGCCGUUGACGAACCAAUGGAAGUUGAUGGAAAAGAACAAGGUUUGGCCACAAACGAACAGCUCUGCUUAGAGAUCCUCCCUUCCAACAACAUCCCCUCCCACGAAGCCGUCUUUGUAAACGAUCCCAAGCUCUCUGAUCUCAAAACUUUCCUUGGCCGAAGUGGAUUUUCGGCCGAAUUUAGUUCCGGAGAGUUAUAUGUAAAUGAUGCCCUGAAGGUGAGCAGAACGGCUGGUCGGUUUAUUGUGGAAGGACCCGCAUGUGAAGAGUAUUACCGAGUGCGGGACAUUAUUUACACUCAGUUUGCCAUUGUUUGA